UUUUAUUAUUAUUAUAAUAUUUACUCACUCGGCUAAUUAUUGCUUAGUACGAAACAAGUCCAUACCCAAGUGCUUUUCGCCCACCACCAAAUCAUCAAUAUUGGAAUCAUCCAUCAUACCAUUAUCAACAAGACGCUGUAUAAAAAAAAUAAAAAAUCUAAAACCCUUGAGUUAACAUUGUAUUUAAUGACACCAUUAGCCUUUUUCUUUUCUUAAUACUUUAACAUGUUCUUUUUCUGGAUUCUUGUCUCACUCAUUGUGUCAGUCAGUGGACUACCACCGUUACGCAAACACCAUUCCCAUUUACAAUCUGGCGUGGAUGAAGCAGACGUCAUCCAGCCUCGACAGAAUUUAUCCCUCUUGUUUUCUACAGAUGCAUCCAUCUGUGGUGUAGCCUCGCUUUCUUGUAUGGCAUUUAGCUCUUCCUCAUCAGAGGUUCCCGUACGUUGUGGUAUUCUCACAAAGGCACCUGUUUGUCAAAGCUAUGACCCUGGUACACAAGAAUCUAAAUGUGAUACAUUCUGCGAUGCUGACGGGUAAAUAUACAUAUAUCUUGAUCUUAAUUCAUUAACUAAUAUUCAUGUAAAAGGAGCGGUAGAUUAUGUGAAAAGGCCUUUCCCGAUUGCUGUAAAGAAAGUACAAAUGGCUGUACUUCAUCUCAACCAAGAGAUAUCACACUUUACCAUUAAUUUGUGAAACCCUCCUGCUGUAUCACACCCCCCACAUUUUAAUAAAACUUGCUCACACAUCUACAUGCGGCUCACUUUUAUAUACAUUGUAAACAGUCAGGU